AUGCCUACACCCUCCGAAGACGGCCAUGCGUCUGCGACUGCACCAAACACCACCAAAUGGGACUCCGAGCACGGCGCCCAGUCGGUGUCGGAUUCUGGCCGUCGACGCAGUCUAGUCCAGAACGUCGUCCUCAUCGCAUCCGUGACCCUCUGCAUGAUCGUCAACACUGCCAACCUGACAGGAGUCAGUAUCUCGCUGCCGACAAUUGGGCGCGACCUGAACAUCGUAGAAGACAAGCUGCAAUGGAUUAUGAACGCGUACUCGUUGAGUUCCGGCUGUCUGCUUCUAUUCUUCGGCCGCCUAGCGGACCUUUACGGUCGCAAACGGCUCUUCCUCUGUGGUUGCGCCUGGCUAAGCAUCUUCGCUCUCGGUUGUGGAUUUGCGCAAGACGAGAUCACCCUCGACAUUUUACGCGGCAUCCAAGGCCUCGGAGCUGCCGCAGCCAUCCCUGCUUGUCUAGGCAUCUUGGCCCAUACCUUCCCGCCCUCCACAAUUCGCUCCAUAGCGUUCGCGACAUUCGCUUCCGGCGCUCCUAUUGGUGGUGCGCUGGGUAACGCCGUAGGAGGGGCGCUUACCCAGACCACCGAAAAGGCGUGGCGGUCUGCCUUCUUGUUCCUCGCUGGAAUGGCCGCCCUGUGUUGCGUCGGAGGGGCAUUUUCGAUUGACAAGGACGAGCCGUACCAACUCGAUGACCGGCGAGUCGACUGGCUAGGCGCUUUUCUCGGAACCUCCGGCCUGAUCCUCAUCGUAUUCGCGCUGAGCGAUGGCAACGUCGCUCCAGCCGGCUGGAAGACGGGAUACGUGAUUGCCAUCCUCAUCGUCGGCAUAUUGAUCUUCGCGCUCUUCGUCUUCUGGGAACGAUACCUGGAGCGUGUCCAGAACGACUCCGUGACGUCCGGGCGGUGGUGGACGCCCCCGCCCCUCAUGAACGUCUCGAUCUGGGGCCGCGCCAGCGGAAAACUGGGCGUGAUGCUUAUAAUCGCCUUCCUCCAAUGGUGCGGCUUCAUCUCGUUCUCGUUCUGGAUCACGCUAUAUUACCAGAACUAUGUCGGGCUUAGCCCGGUCCUGACCAUGGUCCGGCUACUGCCCAUGAAUGUGACCGGGUUCCUGUGCAACGUCGUUGUCGCGCUCGUCGUCGGCCGUGUCGAUCUUGUCAUCCUCAUCGGUAUCGGAACGACGUUUACCGCAGUCGCGAACCUACUCUUCACGGUGAUCGACCCCGCGGCUCCAUACUGGGCCUUCGGCUUCCCCGCCACGGUCCUCGCCGUCUUCGGCGCCGACUUCGUGUUCGCCGCCGGCACGCUCUUCGUCGCGAAGGUCUGCCUCCCGCACGAGCAGAGCGUCGGCGGUGCGCUCUUCAACACGCUCACCCAGGUGGGCGCGGCGUUCGGGACGGCGAUCAGCACAAUUGUAUUCAAUGCGGGGUUGACAAGGGCAUCCCGGAAGUACGGAGUAGAGGUCAAUGGGUCCGAGGCGAACGUGCCGCGGCCGGCUCAGCUCGUCGGGUACAAGGACGCGAUGUGGGCGGGCUUCGCGUUCCCUUUGUGUGGCGCGAUAUUGGCGUUGCUCUUCUUACGGGGCGUCGGUGUCGUGGGGCAUAAAUCUAGUCCAAAGUUUGUGGACAACGAUACGACGACUAAUGAAAAGAUGACCAACAAAGUUUCGAUGCGGGGCACAGAUGCUUGA